AUGGGCGUUACCGUACAGGUGCAGCACUGCAAUCGCCGCAUCUGGACUGAUGAUGACUUUCGCAAAGCCGGUGCUACUAUCGUUGGAGACGUCUCCCAGGCGGAUAUCGUGGUGGGAAUCAAAGAAGUGCCCAUCUCGGAGCUGUCGGCAACCCCUGUCAAAGGACAAACACAUUUCAUGUUCUCCCAUACGCACAAGGGCCAGAGCUAUAACAUGGACCUUUUGUCCCGCCUCCUGGGGCAGGCCCGCUUGAUAGACUAUGAGCUUCUUACCGAUCAUGCUGGGCCGGAUGGAAAACGGACCAUCGCCUUUGGCUGGUACGCUGGGGCGGCUGGGUUGGUUGAGGGCCUCUGUGCUUACAGCCGCUACCUCCUGACACUUGGUAUUGCCACACCCAUCCUGCAUCUCCCUCGGCCUUUCAUGCAUGCCUCACUUUCCGAAAUGAGAAAAUCCUUAAAGAUUCUGGGUAGACGAAUUCAAGCUGAAGGUGUUCCCAGAGAGGCUGGCCCAAUCGUCGUGGCUGUCACCGGGGCUGGGCAAGUUGCCGCUGGUGCUCUUGACAUGUUGAAAGAGCUUCCCGCUGUCCUUGUUCAGCCUCUUGAAUUAGGCAAGAUUGUGAAAUAUCAAGGCAUGGACCUUCACAAAGUAUAUGUCGUCCAUGCGCCAGCAGCACAUUAUCUACAACGCAAAGAUGGCAGAGGUUAUAAUCGCAACGAUUACUAUUGCGACCCGGACAGCUACCACAGUGUGCUUUACCGACUUAUUGCCCCAUAUGUAUCGUUGAUCGUGAACGGUGCCGGAUGGCGCCCAGGAUUUCCUCGCUUAAUGGACAAUGCACAAUUGACGGAAGCACUCCGCCUUGCCUGGAACAUCGGACCUGGUCGCCUAGGAACAAUAUCAGACGUCACAUGCGACUUGGAGGGUGGUCUUGAAUUUGUCACUCAAGCUUCUACAAUUGACACUCCCGUCUUUGUUGUGAAACCUUCUGACUCCCUCGUGGACCAUCCGGGUGUCAGCAUCGUAUCCAUCGACAUUCUUCCUACAGAACUACCCCGAGACACCUCAGUACAUUUCAGCAAUGCGUUCAUGCCAUAUCUAGUUGCCUUCGUCAGACAACGACUCAAUGCCAAGGAAAGGGAGCAUGAUGGAUUGUUGAUCAAAUCGCUAGACCGAGCAACGAUUGUCCAAGGCGGAAAACUAUUAUCACAACACGAAUGGCUAUCAGGCCGGCUAACGACAGCCCCAGUCCAACGAUCGAAAGCAUCUCGUUCGGACCGAGGAACGGACGUUUUGGUUCUUGGAUCCGGGAUGGUUGCCAAGCCAGUUAUUGAUACUCUGUGCCAACGCACCGAUCUGACGGUUGUACUCGCCAGCAACAACCUACAAGAGGCUCAACUGUUUGCCAAUGUGCACCCGAAUUUAAGGCUGGUCACAGCUGACGCCUCUGACCGUGCACUGAUGGAAGGGCUGAUUUGCAAGGCGGAUGUUGUCAUCAGCCUGUUGCCUGCUCCCAUGCACCCCAAAAUCGCAGAAAUUUGUAUUCAGCAGCAAGCUCACCUUGUCACUGCCUCUUACGUUUCACCCGUUAUGCAAUCAUUGCACGAGAAGGCACUCUCCGCCGAUGUCCUCCUCCUGAAUGAAUGCGGACUCGAUCCUGGAGUCGAUCAUUGCGCAGCCGUAGAUCUGAUUCAGCGAAUUCAGAAUGACGGAAAGCAGGUGAGAAGCUUUAUAUCCUUUUGCGGAGGUUUACCUGCCCCAGAGUUUUCCAAUGUUCCUCUGGGGUACAAAUUUUCUUGGGCUCCCCACGGUGUCUUGAUGGCCGCAAAGAAUUCCGCGCAUUUUAAACUAGAAGGCGAGGUGUUCGACGUGCCAGGCGAGAUGCUCUUAAAAACACACUUUUCCGACAUUCCUCUAUUUCAGGGAUUUGCUUUGGAAGGCUUGGCCAACCGAAACAGCAUCAACUAUAUCAAACCUUACAAGCUUGGCCAACUUGAGACAAUGUCCUCACAAUUGAGGGGAACACUGCGAUACAAAGGGUUCACCAGCUUGAUGUCUGUGUUAAGCCAGAUCGGAUUGUUGGAUGAAACCAGUUCUCUGUCCCUUGAUACUUGGAGUGACCUGCUCCCUCGUUGUCUUGAGCGAGUUGUUGGGCUACCUGUUAGGGAUAGCUUAUCGCGCGGUGCUGCGAUGACUGAUGUACUAGGAGAACGGUGGUAUCAUCAGGAGGCAGCCUUGGAAUGGCUCGGGCUCCUGCCAUCUCUUGCGGCAAUGAAGGAGGGCUUUUACCCAACAGUACCGGAGAUCUCGCUUCCCCCCCUCAGUCUGCUCAGUAUUCUGAUGAGCCAUCGUUUGCGUUAUGAGCCGGGAGAACGAGAUGUGGUUAUUUUGAGUCACGAAGUUGUCGCUGGGCCCGGACCAAUGACAAGUCCAGAUACAGAGGCCACAGUGCAUUCAUAUCUUCUAGUGGUCUACGGUGACGAGCAUUCAUCCGCUAUGGCACGAACUGUAGGGUUACCUGUUGCGUUCGCUGCACUCCGUAUUCUUGACGGGGACAUGGAUAUGAGAGGUGUCGUGGUCCCUACCCACCCUCGUAUAUAUGCGAACAUGCUUAAGGACUUAGCGACUGUUGGUUUAGUCUUUCGGGAUACCGUUACCAAUGUCCCUGGCAUAGGACCCGCUCUUCGAGCGAGUUGGACUCACACAUAA